CCAUCUACGAUGCACCGUUCGCGUCGCCCAAAGUUUUCUGAGCGUCACAGUCAGUUUGGCUAGCGCGCGGCAAAUGCCGUCCUCCGCCUCCGCUCCCCGAAGAUUCUCAACCACCAUCAACAUUUGACUCCAUCUAUCCAUCCAUCCAUCCCACUCCCUCCCGCCUCCACCCUCAAUUGGGUCAUCUCCCCCUACCCGUCCACUCAUGAGAUAGUCAGCUUUCCAUUUCCCUGUAUGCGAUAAAACACCACGCACGACAAUCUACACAAUGGGCCGCUACGACUUCCGCCCCAUGCGCGUCCGCCAGACUGCAAAAGCCCUCUUCGACACCAGACGCAACAGCUCCCUGCCGCAAUGGUACCACGUCAUAGGCGACGUUCCGCCCUCCGAAACCCUCGCCCGCCCUAUCCAGCGCGCUCCGCAGCCGCGCCGCAGCAACAAAAAGCCCAGCAGGAUGUUCCAACCGCUCCCCAUGCGCUACGAGGAAGACGCCCUCCGCACCGACUUUUUCAACGACCACCCCUGGGAAUUAGCCCGCCCGCGACUGGUCAUCGAAGAUAGUGGGAAUGAUUCGAGAAACGUAGAUUGGAGUAAAGGCAUCGUGCAGCCUGGGAGACAGGUCGAUGGUGAAAGCGUCGUCCAACGCCAACUCUACCUAAUGACUCACGCCAACCUCCCCAAAGCAACUGCCUACGAUACCGCCCGCCGCGAGUUCUACGCCUACCGCCACCGCGCCGACAUCCGCCGCCGCAUCGCCCGCGAGGAAGCCCAGCACGUCGGUGCCUACUUCGGCGCCGGACCCCUCGAGGUCGGCAUGGCGCUCGAGGACAAAUCGUUCGAGUCGUGGAAGACCUGGGCUGCCAAGAUGAUCGACGACGAACAGGCUGUGCGGAGCCAGUUGUUCUCGGGCCCUAUGCAGCCCGGUAACGAGGAGGAUGCGACGGAGCUGAGCGAAGGCGAGCUCGAGGGCGCGUUGGAGGAGGUGCAGGAUAAAGUGCCGGCUAGUCGGCAGGGCAUGACUGCGCUGGGUGGGGUUGCUAUGCACCCGUAAAGGCAGUUGUUUCUAU